AUGGCAGAUACUCGUCGCGCAGAAUGGUUCCUCUCCAAAGCCUCCCUCCAACCCCCUCCCCGGCUCGGCCGUCUAACCGAACCACCCGUCCAAGAUUUCCUACCAUUCACCACUAUCAACCGCGACGCAGCUCGCCAGCUCCUCGUACAACAAAGAACGUCAGAUCCCAACUACAUAUCCCCAGAGCGACAAAAGCGACAUCUCUUCCGCUCCAGAGAACAAAAAGCCGAAGCUUGCAAUACUUCACAAUGGAGCUUUACGAAACGCGAAGUCGCGAAAGCCUUUGAUGCGCUGCUAGCACAAGAGGCACUUCCACCGGCUGGUGUUGCGCAAGCUCUUUUGUUGCAUACAACGCUUACCUCGUUGGAUGAGCUUUGGGGUCAUUUAAAUGAUGCGCAGUUGGAGAAGAGGAUGAAGAGGAAUAGAAUGAGCGAGAUGUUGAGUUUUGAUUCAAACGGGAUGACGUGGUUGGAUAAGGCGACGUCUCGUGAUAACUUGAACUAUAUUCACUUGCUGUGUCAAACACAAGCGAGCCAAGGAGUCUUGAACAGAGCGUUUGGUAUGGCGUUGUCCAAAUCGUCUCUCGAGUCUAUGAAGCUUCUGUUGAGCUUCGGAGCUGUGGCGUCUGGUUACCAAGAUCUCAUCGGCCAACAUAUUCGAGCCAGAAACUUGGAGUUGGUGAGUUUGUUACUAUCAGCACCUAACUCCAUGGCACCUUCGGAUUGGAAAGCAUGCCUUGAACAAGACUUCGCGAGGGCAGAAGCUGGAGAAACUUUGUCUCUCUCGUUCAUUCUACUGCUCUUAUCCAACCGCCCAGAACUGGUCACAGAGUCUUUCCUUCUCAGUGCACUAAGACUACAGAGCUACCAAGCCACAGCGGUGAUACUGGGUUACGCAUAUUCCAAUCAAGUCUUCUUCGCUAUCCGCCACCAAGCCUGCGAAAUCAUUUCUCAAUACCAGAAUGGCAACCAGAGACUAACCUUCUUUACACUCCUAUCUCAUGCUGGUCUUGUUGGAGACAACUUGGUCACCCGAGAAGAGCUUGUCAAGGAAGUACUCGCUCGCCACCUACCACUUGUCAAUCUGCUUGUACAAGCUGGUGUUGCAGUUGACGUUCCUCCACACAAUGCUUUGAAAUGGGCUGUCUCACAACUGGACUUCGGUAUGUUGGAAGUUCUCAGACACGGGACGUUUUCGUCGCCUGCAUCUCAACUACUGAGCUACCUCCCCGAGAAUAUUCCAGAGCCUGAUAUGGUUCAGUUCAUGAACAUGUUUGGAUCUAUGGGGUUGGGUGGAAACCAACUUGAUUCAUGCCUAGUUCGUGCUGCGCAGAGAAAACAACAACACCUCGUUGAAACUCUACUCCAUUACGGCGCAUGCGUUGAGUUUGAGGAGGCUGCUGCCAUCCGCGCAGCUGUGAUUUCGACUGAUCUGGAUAUGCUCAGCGUGCUUCUGCAAGGGCAGUGUGCAUCAGCUAUUCUCUCAACCCUUGUUCCGACCGCCAUGGAGAUAUCGCCAAGAACCACGAGGCUCUCCGUAAUGUAUUCUCUCAUUACAAAAGGCGUUGAAAGACCGUCACUUGGCACCGCUCUGCUGCAGCUCAUGUCCGAGGGGGGCGACAUCGACUCUGACCUCAUCAAGCUUCUUCUCGACAAUGGUGCGCCACUGGAUUCGAGUUCGGACUUUGAUAGUUCGCCGCUUGUACAGGUCAUAAAGAAAGGAGAUGUCGCAGUCCUCAACAUACUCUGCAGCGCGAAACCCACCGCGGAAGCAUUGGCUGCUGCCCUUCCCUUCGCGUUCAACACCAUCGUCGCCUUUGGCUACGAUAUUGCGCUUGAGUUAAUGACCCUACUUCUCAAGCAAGGCGCGUCUGGUCCGCCAGUACACGAGGCGCUUCUCAAGGCAAUUACAUCAGAUGUACCACUCAACUUUGUGCAGUUGUUGACAGAGCACGGCGCCGAUGUCAACUAUGCUUUUGGCCAGGCUUUCGUGAGAGCCGUUGAGAUGGACAAGCCUUCACUACUGGAGCUGCUUUGCUCGUCGUCCCCGCCAGACCAAAUAACCGUCCAUGCAGUUCUGCCCAUACUCAUCGACUCAAAGAACUACAACCUCUCUAACAUUGAGCUCUUCCUGAGCGCUGCCUCGCGAGCAACUCCAAAGCCAUCACUCACCAAUACAUAUGCUCUUAUCAAAGACCAUCCACACCGUGCAGAGCUCUUACCGUGUCUUUUGCGCCAUGGUCUGGACAUCAAUGAGGAAUCUGGCAUGAUUCUCUGCCUCGCUGUUCGAGAACACGACAUGGACCUCGUCAAGUCAAUUCUUGCUCUAGACCCAAGCAUCGCUACACUCUCCAACGCCUUUCGCGAGGCAUGUCAAGUCGAAGAGUCUGACAUGAAACUUGAUCUUAUGGAACGUCUACUUGAAAAGGCUUCUCCGGCUGAGAUCGGGCAGUCUAAAGCCCUGUUGCAAGGAACCCAAGCCGCUCUUGAUGGAGACAUGGAUGGACUUUGGUUACUCCUCGGCCACAAAGCCAACGUCAACUUCAACAACGGCGAAGCUGUUCAAGCAGCUGCUUCAAAUAGUGCAGGGUACCCAAUCAUCCUCAACAUGCUCCUCUCGGCUGGCGCUACAGACGUAACCGUCGAGGAGGCGUUCGACGCUGCCAGCGACGCAGAUACGCCAGCAAGCAUUAAAGCUGGUAUCUUUGGAAGUCUCUUUGCUUUCAACAAAGAAAUUUCAGUUGAAAUUAUCUCUCGAGCUUUUGUAAAGGUGCUUGAAAGCCAUCCUGACGAUGAACACCUACCGAACUUGCUACUGGAACAUGGUGCUGGUGUUCAAGUACAGCUCGCGACAUUGGAGGCUGCAGCUGAAGCUUCUCCAGGUGGACUAUUUCAGAAGCUUCUGCGACAAGUGUCUGACUAUACUACGCGUAAUGAGAUCUUUGAGUAUAUUCGAAUGCAUCCUGCCAUUGAGCCAACGCACAGGCACCAAGCCUACGAGACUCUUUUGAAACAAGGCAUAGCCCCGUCUCAGAUCUCUGAUGCCCUCUUGAUGUCCAUCAAGAACGAGCCUACCAACCGGGAAGUCCCUAUGCUCCUCCUCAGCAACGGUGCCCAAGUCAACUACAAGGACAACGAAGCUUUCGCAGCAGCAUUUCAGUCCCGCAACUUAGAAAUGUUCGAACUCCUUUGCUGUUACCUCGUAAAGGGCGAACACGAUGAAGCAGCGAAGCUCGUCUUUGAGCAUCCAUACCUACGAGAGAAUCCCUCUGUUACUGUAAAUCAGACUGUUCGUGCGAAUAUCUACAGAAGUGUCCUAACUUGCAACAUUGACUCGAAGAGCAUCUACACCACGCUUGUCCACUUCCUCGAUUCCCCAGACUCCAGUCUUCCCAUCGUGGAGCUUCUUCUCGAACACGGCGCUAAUCCCAAUGACGAGGAUGGACACUGUUUCUAUCUCGCAGCACGACACAAAGAAGAAUCUCAUUUCCGAGAGUUGUGCAAACACACAGAUCUGUCCAUUGUUCUGCCCUCCCUUUCACGCCGCAUUGUCAAAGAGCACAACUUGACGCGCUGGUUCAAAAUCUGCCUUGAGAUGCAACCAUCUCAAAGUGCCGGACUGUCAGACCAGCUUUUGUAUCAGUGUAUACGAAAGUUUCCCCAAAGUACUGCAUGCCUAAAUGUCCUCUUGGGAGCAGGCUUGUCGCCUUCUGCGACGAUUAACUACCGUCUGCAUAAGAAUUGGGUGGAAGAGGAGAUUUCUCUGCUUAUUUGGUGUCUUGUAUCCCCAUUGAAGACUGGAAAUGUUGUUAUUCUUAGGUUGUUGGAAGAGGGGAAUAAAGCCUUGCCAGACUACGUAACACCUGACUCGAAGAUACCAACAAUCUUUCUCACACUCCUCGACAAGUCACGCGCUCCCGUUUUGGAAGCUUUGCUCAAGCUUGACAGCACCAACGUCCUCAACGAGACCAUAUCCGGAUCAAAGUUCAGCUCUCUAGCCUCAUAUCCAAAGAAGCCCAAACUUGAGUUCACAACUCUCUUCGAAGACGACGACGAGAUCUCACCUCGUGAAGCAUCCCUCUUCCUCGGCAAUCUUGACGCCUUCAAACUACUCAACAGCUCCAUGCUCCCCGACGACGGCACCCUUCAUCUAGCAGCUCUCCUCGCCCUUCCCGAUUUCACAGACUGGCUUCUCGAAACCCACGAGCCAAACUAUGAGGAGGAAAACUUUGGCUUCAUGGUUCCCUUAGCACUAACAUGCUACUCCAAGCCCUUUCCCUGGUGUAAGGUCGCCAAUGAGGAACAACAGUGGUUUUCACGCUUAGAGGAGACCAUAAAAAUUCUGAUCCCAAAGACACUGUCCAGUUGGAGAUAUCGGCAAAAACUUCCGUUGCAUCUUGCACUGGAGAAUGGGAGCCAGGUUACUAUGGCUAUGCUGAAUGCCCUGAAUUCGAGGGGCAUUGGCAAUAGGGAUAAGUAUUUGUAUACGGAUAAGACGGGUAUGCAUUACUCGCCUUGUGAGUAUGUUGAGACGUUUGUAGAGGUUGACGAUGAGGACAAGGGUAAACUGGUCAAAAUUCUUCAGGAGCAUGGAUUAAACUGA